GAUUCCUCCUUCGAACGCUCAACACAAAUCAACAUCAACAUCGAGUUUUCUGUACCAAGAUGAACGCGUUCGAGGCAAUGAAAGCGGGCGCAAGCUCUCGGAAAAUGGCGGAGGCACCCUCUAAUCCUACUGUCUUACCAUCCGCCUUACCAUGGGUCGAAAAAUAUCGACCUAAGAACAUCGAAAGCGUAGAGGGUCAAGAUGCGACGACGCGUGUGUUGGCCAAAACCUUGCAUCGAGCUGAUUUACCACACAUGCUAUUUUACGGUCCACCUGGGACCGGUAAGACUUCCACCAUAUUGGCACUCGCGCGCGAACUUUUCGGACCUGAAUUGAUGAAAUCGCGUGUCCUGGAAUUAAAUGCUUCUGACGAGCGGGGAAUUUCAGUCGUAAGAGAUAAGAUUAAGAGUUUUGCUAAGGUUUCAAUCAGCCCGGCCACAAACGCUUAUCCAUGUCCGCCUUUCAAAAUCAUCAUUCUUGACGAGGCAGACUCAAUGACUCAGGAUGCACAGUCAGCUCUCCGACGUAUCAUGGAGAAUUACUCGAAGAUCACUCGGUUCUGUCUCAUUUGUAACUAUGUAACACGAAUCAUUGAGCCAAUUGUAUCGAGAUGUAGCAAGUUUCGAUUCACCCCUUUAUCUUCUACAGAUACCCUAUCGAGGUUAAACGAGAUCUGCAGGUUGGAAAAUGUGAAAGUCGCGGAGCCCGUAUUGGCAUCACUCAUCAAAGUCUCUGAUGGUGAUUUGCGACGAUCAAUUACCUUCCUUCAGUCGGCAUCCAAAUUAAGGAAUGGAAGCUCUGCAGAUGAUGAAGCGGGUGAGAUUACUCAGGAAGAUGUGGAAGAGAUAGGAGGCGUCAUUCCGGAUACUGAGAUCCGCAAGCUCAUGAAGACAAUGGGAAUAGACGUUGAGGCUGAUGGUGAUGUGACAAUGGCUGAUGGAAAUACUCGGGGCAAGACACGACAGACGCCAUUUGAAAAAAUUGCUGAAGCAGUGGAGCUGCUCAUGCGUCAAGGAUAUAGCUCAGUACAGCUAAUAAGCCAAUUGCAUGAUUUAAUACUGCUGGAUACACUCAUCCCACCCCGAUGUAAGACUAUGAUUUCCAUCGCUCUUGGUGAAACGGAUAAGCGACUAAAUGACGGAGCUGAAGAAGAGCUGCAAGUACUAUCUCUAUGUCUGAAAAUCUGGAAAGCAAUGCAGUCGUCAUGAUUUGAGUGGAAACGAUUCUAGUGCUAUCUUGUACCGGAAGUACUAGUCCCUUCCACACCAAUAUUAAAGGAAAUAGCAGCCAGCUGGUAGCAAGUGUAUGACUUGGGGCUCUGAC